UGAGACCGAGGAAUGAAGAUAGAAAGCCAGGAAGGAACAGAUCAAAAUUCUGUUUAGAAACGAAAAUCCUUGGAGAAGAGAAUAUCUACUUCGUCCCAACAGAAACACAGAAAUCGAAUUCAACUAUGAAUCUUUAUGCUCACGACCUCUCUCUUUUCGACUUUGCCAAUUUCUCUGAUCCCGUCAUCGACUCCAUCUCCUUCUCUGACCACCAUGGUCUCCCCAGUUCAUCUUCAUCGCCCAAUUCCUUGAUCCUUGGAUAUCAUGAUAAAGAUGAGCAUGAUGAUACGAGUAAUGCGGAUCAAAUCAAUGAUAAAUUAGUUAUUCCCAAGCCUAAGAGCCCGCCAAGGCACCGCCAUGAUGGUACCUCUCCUCUGCCUUUGGGGAUGGACUGGAGUCUCCCUCCUCGCAAAUGGGAUGGACGGGAUACUAUUUGGCCACAUGAUCCUCAUACUGGAUGGAGUUACUGUGUUACAGUUCCUUCUUGGAUUCUUCUACCAAAGUCAAGAGGUUCAGAUCCUGUUGCGUUUUACAGAGUCCAAGUUGGUAUACAAUCGCCAGAAGGGAUAUCCACCACUCGAGGGAUUUUGCGAAGAUAUAGUGAUUUCUUAAACCUACUUUCUGAACUUAAAAAAGCAUUUCCUGAGAAAACUCUGCCUCUAGCUCCUCCAAAGAAGAUUUUGAGAAGGAAAAGCAGGACAUUGCUGGAAGAGCGAAGAUGUUCUUUGGAGGAUUGGAUGGAAAAGCUAUUAUCAGAUAUUGAUGUAUCUAGAAGUGCUCCCGUUGGAACGUUUCUUGAACUAGAAGCUGCUGCUAGGUUAUUUUUUGAUAAUGCAAAUCAACAAAACAUAGAUGCAAAUGCUUCUGCCAGCAACAUAGUUCCAGCAGCUCUAUUACAAGCCAACUCAGAUGUUUCUGUGUUGGAUUGUAGUUUGUCAAUCGCAUCAGAUAAUGGCAAUGAUUCUCCUGAGAUAUCAGAGUUUGGAACUCCUAGGACUGCAAAAGACAGCAUUGUUGAUUUGGGCAUGGAGACUUCAACUUCUGAACAAAAUGUAACUGAUCCUAUGGAAACAACUGUUAAAUAUGGUAUAUUUAACAAGAAAUCUAUCAUGGGGAACCUUGAAAAUUUUUCAUGGCGGAAAAUGCGUACUGGAAGAGAGAAAAAUAUUGUAAAUGGAGAUAAACUUGCUGAGAACAUAUCUAGAGUUGCAUCUUUUCUUGGGGAUGGAAAUGAACCUUUGCAUGGACUAGAAUAUCAGAGAUUGGAUGGCCAUGUCCGUAGAUUAUCAACAGAAAGUAUUGGGAGUGACUUAAGUUCUUUAAGGGUGGGUAAUUUGUUUGGUGAUGAUUGCCUUGACCUUAUGGAGGGUGCUGAAACUCACAAAAUAAAUGAUGCUCCUGUAAGCUUAAAUUCACAGUUCCCGAGGGACAUACUAGUUGCCCUUCUAUCAGAUGAGCGCCAUAAGUUGAGUAGGGUUCUUAACACCAUGCAACAGAGACUAGCUACAGCUAAAACAGACAUGGAGGACCUAAUAGCCAGAUUAAAUCAAGAAGUUGCUGUUAGGCAAUUUCUGACAACAAAGGUUAAAGAUUUGGAAGUGGAUCUUGAGACUACUAGGAAUAAUUGUAAAGAAAACAUGCAGCAAGCUGUUUUGAUUGAAAGGGAAAGAUUUACUCAGAUGCAAUGGGAUGUGGAAGAACUCCGUAGGCAGUGUUUAGAGAUGGAGCUGAAACUGAAAUCUGAACAGGAUGAAAGGGCGCGUGCUGAGUCUGCAAAAGUUUCUAUCAUUCAGGAGAAUGAAAUGUUGCUGCAGCAGUUGAAUGUUGCUAGAGAAGAGCUUGAAGAGUUGCAUAAGCAUCAGGAAGAGUUGGAGCUGAAGUCAAAAGCAGAUGUAAAGCUUCUUGUUAAGGAGGUGAAAACUCUUCGGAGUUCUCAGUCAGAUAUGAAACAGGAGCUUAGCCGUUUGAUGAAAGAAAAAAUAGAAAUAGAGAGGGGUCUUCAAAAGGAAAAGCAAAGAAUGCAAGUUGUGACUGCUGCUAAUGUUAAGUUGUUGCACGAAUGUGAAAUUCUUCGCAGUAGACUUGAAGAAUGUAGUGUUAAUUUCCUCGUUGAAGAGGAAGAUAAACUGAUUGUGGACACUUCUUCGCCAUCUGAUGCCAUGGAUUUGUUAACAACAUCUGAUAAUCGAAUUGGACUUCUUCUUGCAGAGGCACAGCUCCUUGCACAAGAUGUAGAAAAUUCCGUGGCAAGAUUGGACGAAACUUGCAAUACAAAUGGCAGUGAUAGAGUUGAUGAUGAGUUGAGGAAGUUGCUUACAGAAGUAUUCGUUGAUAAUGCCAGAUUGAGAAUGCAAGUCAAUUCAGUGAUUCGCUGUGCUUUAAAUGCACGUUUGAGGUCAGAUGAAGAUGAAGAUGAUGAUGAUGAGGAAAAUCCCAUGAGAAAAACAGUUCUAAGCAAGUUCUUGGAAAGAUAAUAUGUAAUUUUAUGUAACCCAUACAUGUCAGUAUAAACAUGCAAAAUUAUAGCCAUGUACUUGAUAGUUCAUGCCAUGAUGUAAAUGCAGCAGACGUUGUCCAUAA